GGCUCCCUCCGGCGCCUUCAAACAAUGUCCUCCAGUGAGCGAAGCCCAGAGUGCCUCUGAUCGCACCGGAGCCUUGGAUUUAUUUCAAGGAAAAUUCACACAGAAACUGAGCAGGGACGCCGUGAUCCUGAGCAUAUGCCCCUGGAAAAGCUAGGGAUGAGCACUUCUCUGGGCUACAAGUCCUUCUCCAAAGAGCAACAGACCAUGGAUAACCUGGAGAAGCAGCUGAUCUGCCCCAUCUGUUUGGAGAUGUUCACCAAGCCGGUGGUCAUCCUGCCCUGCCAGCAUAACCUGUGCAGGAAAUGUGCCAGUGAUAUUUUCCAGGCCUCGAACCCCUACCUGCCCACCAGGGGAGGCACAACCGUGGCUUCGGGAGGCCGGUUUCGCUGUCCUUCCUGCAGGCAUGAAGUGGUCCUUGACCGCCACGGAGUGUACGGGCUGCAGAGGAACCUGCUGGUGGAGAACAUCAUUGAUAUAUACAAGCAGGAGUCCACAAGGCCUGAAAAAAAGUGUGACCUGCCAAUGUGUGAAGAGCAUGAAGAUGAGAGAAUCAAUAUCUAUUGUUUGAACUGUGAAAUACCCACCUGCUCCUUGUGCAAAGUCUUUGGUGCCCACAAAGACUGUCAGGUUGCUCCUCUCACAAAUGUUUACCAGCAACAGAAGUCCGAGCUGAGUGACGGCAUUGCAGUCUUGGUGGGCAGCAAUGACAGAGUGCAAGGGAUAGUCACGCAGCUGGAGGAGACCUGCAAGACAGUUGAGGAAUGCAGCAGACGACAGAAGGAGCAGCUGUGUGAAAAAUUUGAUUAUCUCUAUUCUGUACUGGAAGAAAGAAAAAAUGAGAUGACACAAAUAAUCACUAGAACCCAAGAGGAGAAACUGGAACAUGUCCGCUCCCUGAUGAAGAAGUAUGCUGAUCAUUUGGAAGCUGUGUCUAAGCUGGUGGAGUCAGGAAUCCAGUUCAUGGAAGAACCAGAAAUGGCUGUGUUUUUGCAGAAUGCAAAAACACUGCUCCAGAAAAUUACUGAAGCAUCUAAAGGAUUUCAGGUGGAAAAAAUAGAAGAUGGGUAUGAAAAUAUGAACCAAUUCACAGUGAACCUCAGUAGAGAAGAAAAGAUAAUAAGAGAAAUUGAUUUUGACAGAGAGGAAGAGGCAGAAGAGGAAGAGGAGGAGACAGUAGAAGGGGAAGAUCUGGAUGAAGUCCACACAGAGUCAUCAGGAGAGGAGGGGGAGGAAGAAGAGCAGCUGGAAGAGGAAGGAGCUGAGAGAGCAGCACAGCCACCUCAGCAGGACCCUGAACCGCAGAGCGCAGCGGGUGAGCCCCCAGCAGAGCCUGUCCCAGUGCCACUGCCUGCUACCCCGGCUGGCCAGGAUGAGGUUGUGACACCAAGUGGUUCUCAACAGACUGCAGAGUCUGACAGUCAAGUGCCACCUGCGGCAGAAACCAUCGAUCCCUUGUUUUACCCUAGCUGGUAUAAGGCUCAGCCACGGCCAGCAAGCAGCCCAAGCUCAGCCCCAGAGAGUGGGCUGGGGAAAGUUUCUCCGGAAACCAGUGCAAAGAAGGCAGAAGCCUCUGAAGUGCCAGCAGUGGAGGAGAGCGCACCAGGGAGUGGUAAGGAAAGUAAUGCCACUGCGGAGACAUCCAAGGAGUUAGCAUUCUGCAUAUCACUUUUGGCAUUUCUUAUCAUACUACACCAUCUUUGGAAUCUGAUUCAGUACAUUUGUUCUUUAAUGGGUAGGAAAUAUUUCAUUUUACCAUUAACUAACAGUUCAAAUAGUGUCUCUGGUGAUGUUCCUCUAUGGACUUAAAGGAAGUUUUCCCUUUUUUUCCCCCAUCUGAAAACAUCAUGCUACUUCAUAAUUCAAACUGCCUAAAACAUUUCUUCCUCGCACCUUCCAAAUGCCACCCUUCAGCUUACUCCUGCAUGGUUGAACAUUGCAUCUCCCUGGUUCACAACGGAAAGAGAAAUGUACGUCCUCAGGUUUGUGGGCUUGUAUUUCAAUUGCUGUUCAGUUGACCAGCAGGAUGGACACCCUGAAGUUUGACAGGAGAUGUGCAGAGCCAAGCUCAUUAAAUCUAAUAAAUGGGGAAGUAAAACAUCAGGAAAGAGAAAAAGCUGAAUAAUUCUGCUGCUGGUACUCGCACUGUGAGCAAUCUGUCCCCUCCAGGCAGCAGAGCCCAGGCUGUCCCCUUGGAACUCUGUUGAGGGGACCUCAUGCCACAGCCCACACAGUAUACGUUGCAGGGGGGGACUCCUUGUCAGUUCUUUUUUUCUACCAAAAGGCAUCCAAAGCCACCUCUCCCAUGUUCCUAGGCACACAGGAGGCCUCACUCAAAGGAAGGGAAGACUUGGGCCUGCACUGCUGCAUGGCAGCAGGCAACAGCACCACUCAGUCUCACCAGACACACUAGAUGGGACUGCUGCCCUGCUGCACAGACACCUAUGGCUGUGUGUGUGCUUUUAAAUAUCUGUGCUUUAAUAACUGAUACCUUGGAUAGGAGCUUAAGGGAUAGAAUUUGUACUCCCAGGUUUUCAGCCAACAUGUCAAGGCUGGAUGCGGCUCUGGGCAGCCUGGUUUAGCGGUUGGUGAUCUUGCCUACGGCAGGGAGGUUAAAACUUGAUGCUCUUUGAGGUCCUUUUCAACCCAGACCAUCCUAUGAUUCUAUCAUUCUAUCGUUCUGUGAUUUAUAUCAUAAAUAGAGGAGCUGAUUCCAAAACACGAGUUCCAGGGCAGACUAUGAAUAUUCUGACUCCUCUUCCUUUUUCUUUUUCUUUUUCUUUUUUUUUUUUUUUUCCCAAGAAGAUCUAAACUAAGGAGUCCGUUAUAUAUUGAGGCACAGCAUGAUUAGUACUUCUUUUUUUUUUUCUUUCUGUAGGAAAAGCCUUUUUCCCUUAGAUUGCAGUAAUUAGAGAUGAAAUACCUACAAGACGAAGGACUAGGAACUUCACCUGGCAGUGAAGUUGUCCUGAAUACAAUGAAUAUAAACUGAACCUUAACUAUUCCAUAACUUCUUCGGGAGUAACUCCUCUCUCAGAGACAGUGUCCAUGGUUUAGUUUUUCCAGCUCCAAAUUCCACCCUCCUUAGGUAAGCUGUGUAUUUAUAUUCUAUUUCUGAAGUGAUACGGCUGAUCUGCAGAGAAUUCUGAGUUGCCACUCAUGCAUUCAAUCUUAUUUACUGAAGAUGAAAGACAUCUAACACAAAGCAAUAGUAGUUAGCUUUGAGUGUUCAUUCUAAUGGCAGAAAAAUGCAGUUUUGGUCUAUUAUUCAAUACAAAAAUGAUGGUUUUCCAUGCUCAUUUUCUGUAAUUCACUUUAAGCACUGUACACUAUAACAGUAUGGUACGGUGCCUCUACGAGAAAUGUUAGAUUUCUGUUCAGAUUCUACAUGCAAAGAUUCUGGCACUGUGACUGAAGUCCAUCUCUUCUAAAAAGAAAGAAAAAAAAAAAAAGGAGGGGAAAAAUAAUCUAUCAUCUAUGCUUUAUCUGCAUAAGUUAUGUAAAAAGAUACUCUGUCUGGUGGUAAUUUGAAUUUGAAAAGCAUCGGACACUGUGAAUCUCAAUUAAAUUUACGGAGCAUCGUUUAAUUUUCAUUUAUUUGUGUUUAGUUUUGAAAAUUUGUUGUAUUAUUACAAGAGGACACAGAGCUUGUUUGUACUCCCGGGGAAUCAGGCAUGCAAACAGCAUUAUGCUCUUUUUUUUCCUUUCUCUUUCUUUUUUAAUUCAAAAUACCUUUUGAAAUUAAAAUAGACCAGUGUAGAAAGCUCUCAUUUCUACCAUUUGAGACCUCUUUCUGUGAGUCUCUGGUGACAGCUUUAUGAUUUAUUUAAUCAUGAAAUAGAAAGGAGGUGAGGGAGAAAGACAUUUUGGUCUCAGACUCUAUUUGCAUCGAAAUGAUCUGCUUCCCCAAGUGCAGUGAGGUGGCUGUUCAGACAGGUUAUGUGCCUUUAUCUGUCGUGCAGAGUAUCAGGUCCCUGCCCUUUUCGUUUUUGUGUGAUAAGCCCCUGAAAGCCAAAUAACAAAACUACUGGAAAUAAAAAUGCUAAUGACAUUUUAUGAUGAUAAUAAUAAGAAUAGUAAUAUAAAUCUGCAGGACUAUCCUAAUAGCAACAUAUACUUUAUUUCCAGGCUAUUUCAACAGAAUGCCCUAAUAGGGUUUUCCAUGUUUUUCAACAGCAAGAAGCCAGAUCCUCACAAAUUUCUUUAUUUAAGUGCACUUUGCUGUGAGAGAUGACAUUGCUGACUGUUCCCCUAUAGCACAGGAGGGCUUGGGACAGAGGAGCAGAGGGUGCAGCCCGCAGGUGGUUGGCUUAUUGGGUCUGAGGAGGGGCAGCAUGAGGUGAUUCAGGGUGAAAGAUAUAGAAACCUCAGCCUUACAGAGACACUUCCCACUCCAGGGAGUGAAAAGUUAGGGGCAUAGUCACUGUGGGCUGCUCCUGCAGCUAAUGGAGAAAGAGAGGUAUUGCCAGUGAGAGGCAUCUCGCUAAGAACAGCCGCUGCGCACUUGGCACCCUCUUCACAUCCAUCAGCUGAGACGGAGGUGACUCUGCUCCUAACCCAGGUGUCUCUGCUCAGCGUUUGAUGUUAGGGGGAUGUUUUGAAGCAAAUCUGAGCUGCUGCAGUGACAGACGGGAGUGAAAGAUUGGAAGACGGGGUGGGAACAGAUCCACGCACUGCCUUGCCUCUGUGGGGAGUCAUGUGUUAGGGAGGAUGACACAGGCAUUAACAAGCAGCCCAUUCGGUGCACAGGAGACUGAGAUCUUAGAGUCCAAAACAAAAACAAGGAAGUUUGGAGAUGGUGUGUGUGACAGGUAACAGAGGGAGGUGAAGCUAGCUUUUACUGAAUCUUAAAUCGUCUUCUUGUCUUCAGUCUGAGAAAACAGGCAGAGUGGAAUAGAGAGAAAAGUGCACAUGUUGUGGAUUAGACUUAAGAAAUUCCUUGAACAGCUUGACGUUUCAGGACUCAGAUGUGUGCUUUGUGUUCAUUAUACCUGGAGGAUGCUACCAGUGGCAUGCAGGUGUGGAGAACUGUGUGUCUGUUUUAUAAACACCUGUGGCACCUAGCUGCUGGACUGGUACACCUGGAGGGGAUAGAGGCCUUCAGUCUCUCAAAAAUCUGACUUCCAGAUACGUAUUGAGUCAUUCUUAGCAGUUCCUUUGGUUUCUAGGAGCCCUCAGUAUCAGACUCUUCUACAAAUGCAAAUGCUCAAUACAGUGAUGUAAGCCCGUCUUGCUGCCUAGUUUUAGGCAACCAAACUUGAAAAGCUGGCCCUAAGUUCUGCCCUUCAGUUAAUCUGUGCAGACCUCUGAUAGCUGGAGAAAGCCUUGCACAGAAGAGCUCUUUCCAGGAAUGUAUAAUCCUGAAAUUGGCUUCACAUUCAGAACCACUCUGUCCCUCAGUCUAUAACAGAGGAAUCCCAACAUCAGCAAUGGAGGGGUAUUGUACAACAAAACCUUCUUGUGUUAUCACUGAAAGAAGGCAGCUCAAAUUAUUUUGGUCUGGUUAAAAUACGGAGGGUAAUUGAUAGAAAAAUAAGGAAGAGUUUGUUCUUUUUUUCCUAAUCAUUUUCUUUUGUAGGCCACAUCUCUCAUGUAGUGACAUCAUGUAAAUUUGUGAGAGUUUAUAAAAGCCCUGUGUUCACCUGGGUCUGUGAUCCUCUGGUCUAUUUCACCUCAGAGGAAGUACUGGACCCCAUAUUCUGUUGCUCAAAACCCCCAUCAAGAGAAAUGCCUAUCUGUUGCACCGGAGGAGUCAGGCACACACAUCCAGUUUGAAAGGAAAUGCAAGUUAAUCAUCCACAAACAAUAUUAUAAUCUAAUUUCCCUUUGCUGCCAGUACAGUACAGUGCUUUAAUUCCACGAGGAUAUAAAAUAUAAUCAGGACUGAGCUGUUUGGGAGGAGAAAUACUAAUAGAGUGGCCUAUGUUAAUCUUGUUUUAUUAGUUUUAAAAUUUUCUAUUACUUGCUUGCAACCUUCUGCCAUCUGCCAAAAUUACCACAGGGACAGUUCUCUCUGUAUUCAUGUAUUGUAGCUCUCUUUGCCCUGCUGCUGAACGCUUCAAUUUCAGCAGGUGAUCCUUCAUAUAUUUUUCCAGAGACAGCUUCAAAUCACAUGUCAGAGGGUCAGUAUUUAGCUAAGUUUUAGUCAAUUGGUUGUCAUGUCACUAUGAAGACAAUACGGACAAAAUAAGAUCAUUUAAAAUCAAAAUGCACACUGUGUGCAUUGCUCGCGUGCCUCUAUUUCUCCAUCACUCUAUAAAAGGUACAGGUACCGAUUUUAGUGGGGCGCUGCUCUGGGAUGGCUGCACAGAUGCUGGUGAUACACAAAUAAUUGUUUCAUUUCUACAAAUUCUAUCUUGCUUAUCUGCUCAGGUAAGCGAGCUGAGGCACCUCUAAAGCCAACAGCUCCCACAGAGGGGAUGGCUUUCUUGAGAGGCCAGAUUUUGGAGGAGCGAUACUUCUCCAACACAGCCAUCCCACAGUGUAUCACAGAGCAGGAUGAGGAGCGGGUGUCAGCAGCAGAGACUGCUCCAAGGAUAAUAUGCUCCCUUGAACAAUUGUACUGAGUGCUAUUGAAAGGUCUGGAGAUACAGAGAGCAAAAUUUGAUUUGAUAUUUACCACCUCGCUCUGGGUAUGCCUGAAGCAUAUCUUUCCUCAAGAAAAAAAACUGGGUGGUUUUCUGCCAUGCCUGUAGACUUAAAAUAUCUGCCCAAUUUGACUGAAAGAAAAAUGGGUCAUCUAUCCUCAGUGAAGCUGAGCCUUUUGCAGAAGACCCAUGAACCAGUUAGCCUACAAGCCCCAGCUGAAUUCUGUUUGAAGCUUCAUCCUAAGUGCCUCUUAAAUUUCGCUUUGAGAAAAAAGUUUUCAGCCUGUGCUGAAAUACAGGGCAGACACUAUAUGCAAAAACCACUGUUAACAUUCAAAAAAAAAAAAUCCACCUCUGCUUCUCCGUAACUUGAAGUACUGAGAUGGGACUCAGGUACAACACUCAGGUCUGAGUCUGCUAUUUAGUUGGUGGCACAUUCUGCCUGUACAUUUCCAUUUUGCAUCUUGAUUUUGUGCUUAAGGUGAGGUGUUGUUUUUUUUUUCCCUUUUGUUUAGUGGACACACACAGAGAAAAUCAGGAAAGUCUUGAUUGCUCUUCUUUUAACACCUCUUUCCCUCACUUCUGAGAAUUAUCUGAGUGAUUCAGAGGCAGCGGUGAUGAGUCGUGAGGGCGAUGCAUUAAGGCCAGCUUUCAGACAACAGUUUCUCAUAAUUAAUAUGAGUGGCAAAUAUUUCACCUGAAGUUUUACCUUGAAGAGUCCGGCCUGCAAUUUGUCUGGUGAGUCAUAGGUACCAUCUGAUUUAUGUAUAUUUCAUUUUUCACUCCAUUACUAGCAAUAGGAUUCAACAAUGACAGAACGGACAGAGUUAUUUCUCCUGUUGAAAUUAAUACAAAGCCAGGCUCACCUAGAUGUUGUCUUUCAGCAACUAGCUCAUUUAAAUACUGAAUUCUGCCUCCAUUAAGCCUCUUCCCCAAAGCAUUGCUCACUCUGUUCAUGAAGACAUUUUGAAAAGAAAAUAGAAUGUGAACAAAAGGUAUUUCUUAAUCAUCCUACAUCGUAUUAUGGAAGAUUUAUGUCUCAACAACACAAGCCAUCUGUUUGUACAGUGUUUGGUUAGUUGUCAUCCUGUUACCCUGAGACACUUCAGACUUUCAUUGCAGCUGUGAACUGAGCCACUUAAAGUAGUGGCUGUUGUUUCUGAACCCUUGGAGAUGGACCAAUAUUUAAAUAGCAAUCUAUCCAACUAGCCGUACUGAAAGUCCCACUAGCAGUAAUUAGUAGUUAAUUAGGGCUGGGCCCUUGUGUUUGAAUAUCCUGCCCUGCUACUUCCAGGCUUUUCUGGAUGCAGGACAGGGAGGGACUGGAGCAUUUGAUGUGGAGAUGCAGGUUGGAUGGCUGUGUGUGCAUCCAGAAGGAGACAGAAAAAAGGAGAGGGUCAGAUCACACACAGCACUGAUUCAAUCUUAGAUCCCUUUUCUGGUGGUUUAUACUCCUGACACCUUUACAGUAAUCUUCAGGUCGUUAGGUAAGAGGCCAGUGACUAAUUCAGACAACCUGCUAUCCCAGAUUUCCGUCCAAUGGAGAUAGAUUGGUGCCGUGAUAUCCAAAUCAUGCUCCAGAUGUCCCACAUAGAUGUAACACCCACUUCUCCUUUCACUGAACUGAGGAUGAGGAUCUCACAGCCCUGGAGAAUAAGUGAUCUGAGUUUCUUAUUGUUCUGUUUCAUUUAGAGAGCACCCUAUAAAAUCUGCCUGAACCUAUCUCAGCUACCAAAGGUGGUGACUGAUACAUAGCCCAUCUCUUCAAGCACUCCUGACUCAGCACUUCUGCACACAGAAGUGACUAUUUUUCAUGAUGACACACUUGCUCUAUUACAAAAUGCCUUACUGAGGAAAGGUGGCUUUUGUUUCCUCCAUCUCUACUGGGAACAUUUUCAAUGUCUGGCACCAGAUUUACUUUUUCAAAUGCCCUCAUUUUUACAUUUGCAUGCAAUUUUAUAACUUCAUCUCAUAAAAUAAAUAGACUUUUUUUUUUUUUUUUUUAAUGAAAUUGGUGCUCAGAUGCAGGUCAUUUUGAAGCUUGGCACUGGUGACUGUUGUCUGUGGUCUGUACACCAAUAAUAACUGGGUCAAUAACUGAGAUAGAAUCUGCUGUGCCGUAGGCUUUCUGUGUGUGUUGCACAGUGGCAUCAGAUGGUGGCAACCUCUUGCUUCAGCCGAUGUUCUAGCUUUUCUUCCCGCAUAUCCAUCAGUGUAAUUCUCUCAGAGAAUGUGUGCUGUGUCCACAGUUCACAUAUGCCACCACAACAUGCUUACAACAACCCAACAGAGUCCAUUGCUCAUGAUGCGAGCACAAGCAGUACUUAAAUCUCCAGAGCCUGGUAUGCGUCCACACCUCGCUGCCAUUCUGGCUCUGUUAUCUGAUCCAGUGAAUGGAGCUCUGGAGUGAGUCACUGUCUGAACUGGCACUGUGUCUCAUCCAUUGGCUUUACAAAAAAUGCCAUUUGCAGAGGAAGAAAAAGUUUUAAUUUAUAACACUCCAUGUUACAAAGGAAAGAUGGUAUAGCAGAGACAAAUGGGACGUUAAACCACUGCUAGAUUUGCUCCUUCUCACUGAAAGUUAAGAGUGAAGUUUCUCUAACAUGGAAUAAUGGGUUACUAUCAUAGAGAAGCUGUUUAAAGGCCUUUAGUUCACAUUUAAUUUGUUGAUCUGAAAUCACAUCUACUUACGGAAUGAAGAAGAAUUAGAAGGAAGAGGUGAGAGGUGGUAGCCAUGAGCAGCUUUCUAGAAAUGAUGUCCACUUAUUCCUGCAGCCUCUCAGGAUGGUUCUUCCUUUGCUAGACUUGUCCAGCAGGACCGGAAGUGCAGAAGAAAUUAGAAAUGAUAGUUGGUUCACUGAUCAGGAGAUCCUCAAGGACUUCAAUGUCAGAGGAGCAAAGAAUGAUGGGUGGAUAAAUCCAGAAAAUACACAUCUGAUCAUGUUCAUAUUCACGUUUGUAAGACUCCUCCCACCUUGAAUUUCCUUCAUUUUCCUUGAUACUGCUGCAGCAAUGGAUGAAACAUAAGAAGUGUGUCUUAUUUGUUGUUUUCUUUUUCUUUUUGAGUCAUGAAAAAGA